AUUCCAGUUUUUAGAACCAUAAAGUUCUUCCCAGUUAUAAAUUUUGCAUAAUUUAAAUAUUUUAUAUUUUCACGAUUGUCCUAAUUCUUUGACAGUAGGGGUCAUUGUCUUAAGUUGUUGACAAGCGCCUCAUAACGGGUAUUCAAAAACUUCUUUCAAGUAAAAUAUUUAUAAAGUUCACUUUAUGUUUAUAAACUACUGCGUUGCCCUAGUCCGCCCGCACAAGCCCUUGGAGCACAAUUUGGUCAGCGCAGAAUUUGGUUCCUAUCAGCUUCCGUAUCGUCCCUAACGACUUCCGCCUCUGGCGGGCCGCAGUGGUGGAGGAACUUCCGGCAGCGGCAGCUCAAGUGGCCAAGGCAAGAUGGGUCAAAGUCAGAGUGGUGGUCAUGGUCCUGGAGGUGGCAAGAAGGAUGACAAGGACAAGAAAAAGAAAUAUGAACCUCCUGUACCAACUAGAGUGGGGAAAAAGAAGAAGAAAACAAAGGGACCAGAUGCUGCUAGCAAACUGCCACUGGUGACACCUCACACUCAGUGCCGGUUAAAAUUACUGAAGUUAGAGAGAAUUAAAGACUAUCUUCUCAUGGAGGAAGAAUUCAUUAGAAAUCAGGAACAAAUGAAACCAUUAGAAGAAAAGCAAGAGGAGGAAAGAUCAAAAGUGGAUGAUCUGAGGGGGACCCCGAUGUCAGUAGGAACCUUGGAAGAGAUCAUUGAUGACAAUCAUGCCAUCGUGUCUACAUCUGUGGGCUCAGAACACUACGUCAGCAUUCUUUCAUUUGUAGACAAAGAUCUGCUGGAACCUGGCUGCUCGGUCCUGCUCAACCACAAGGUGCAUGCCGUGAUAGGGGUGCUGAUGGAUGACACAGAUCCCCUGGUCACAGUGAUGAAGGUGGAAAAGGCCCCCCAGGAGACCUAUGCGGAUAUUGGGGGGCUGGACAACCAAAUUCAGGAAAUUAAGGAAUCUGUGGAGCUUCCUCUCACCCAUCCUGAAUAUUAUGAAGAGAUGGGUAUAAAGCCUCCUAAGGGGGUCAUUCUCUAUGGUCCACCUGGCACAGGUAAAACCUUGUUAGCCAAAGCAGUAGCAAACCAAACCUCAGCCACUUUCUUGAGAGUGGUUGGCUCUGAACUUAUUCAGAAGUACCUAGGUGAUGGGCCCAAACUCGUACGGGAAUUGUUUCGAGUUGCUGAAGAACAUGCACCGUCCAUCGUGUUUAUUGAUGAAAUUGACGCCAUUGGGACAAAAAGAUAUGACUCCAAUUCUGGUGGUGAGAGAGAAAUUCAGCGAACAAUGUUGGAACUGCUGAACCAGCUGGAUGGAUUUGAUUCUAGGGGGGAUGUGAAAGUUAUUAUGGCCACAAACCGAAUCGAAACUUUGGAUCCAGCACUUAUCAGACCAGGCCGCAUUGACAGGAAGAUUGAGUUCCCCCUGCCUGAUGAAAAGACGAAGAAGCGCAUCUUUCAGAUUCACACAAGCAGGAUGACGCUGGCUGAUGAUGUAACCCUGGACGACUUGAUCAUGGCUAAAGAUGACCUCUCUGGUGCUGACAUCAAGGCAAUCUGUACAGAAGCUGGUCUGAUGGCCUUAAGAGAACGUAGAAUGAAAGUAACAAAUGAAGACUUCAAAAAAUCUAAAGAAAACGUUCUUUAUAAGAAACAGGAAGGCACCCCUGAGGGGCUGUAUCUCUAAUGAACCAUGGCUGCCAUCAGGAAAAUGGUUGGGGGAUUUCUCAAUCCCUGAAAGGGAUGAGGUUGGGGGAGUUGCCCAGAGGAAUCCCUGUUCCCAUUGAUUUUUAUUAGCAAAACAUCCUGUGUCUUUUGGAGUACGAUGUGUAAGUGCCCAUUGGGUGGCCUGUCUGUUGGUCACUGUGCAGCAGUCUGCUUCCCAAUAAAGCGUGCUCUUUCACAAACA